AUGUGGGGAGGAGACAGGCCUGCCCAUAUCCCAGCUGACCUGGUGGACAAACUGUAGUGACUGGCCUUGGUUGAUUUCCGCACCAAAGAGGGACUGGCCUGUUUGGAGAAAGAAAUCCGAUUUGUAGAUCAGCUUCAUGUUGUUGACACGUCAGGGGAUGAACCAAUGGAUUCAGUUCUGGAGGACAGGUCAUUAAACCUGAGGGACGAUGCGGUGAUGGAAGGAGACUGUGCUGAAGAACUGCUUCAGCUCUCCAAAAACACAGAUGAAGAAUAUUUUGUGGCACCACCAGGAAAUAUUCCUCUACCAAAGAGAGAGGAGAGGGCCACCAUGCUGAAACACUCAGAGUUAUGAUAUUUAUUAUACAUUUUUUUUGUGUAAA